AGACUGCCGAUUGGUUGGCUGCCUGAAAGAAAGGGGGAGAGAAAGACAGAGAGGGAGCGAGAGAGUGAGAGCCAGAGAGAGAAAGGCGGAGAGAGAGAGAGAGAGAGAGCAAGAGAAACAAAAAAACCUCGCACAGCGGCAGUAGGAAGCAGACUGCAGUGCUCCCGGCUGAGGGGAGCGCACGGCGAAUAGGAUCAGACUGAGGCUGAGCGUCUCCCCGCCCCCUCAUCGCUCCACGACGGCGUGAGUCCGUGCGGGAUUCGCAGAGAGCUGCAGAGGGCACAGCCCGGGCGCUCGGGGGCUGCGGGCAGUGCGUGAGGGAGACCAGAGGGUGCGUUUGUCGGACGCGGCGUCGGGGAGGCGGACGGCGAACGAGGUCUCAGAUCCGGUUCAUGAAGAAGAGGAGGCGGGAUGAGUGUGGACCCUGGGCAGGACACGGGAGCCGCCGCUUCCACCGCCAACGCCACUAAUGGGGACAGCAAGGCCUCCUGGGAGGACCCUAAGGAUCUCUAUGAUCACAUGGGGCCCAUCAAGAAACCCAAACCGGGGAUGAUGCGACGGGCCAGGAAGGUGGAGGGAGGCAUUUUCUUUCCCAAUCCGGAGAAUGCUGUCACCAUCGCCGUAUCAACGCGGGUGCUCUUCCGCACGGAGACGGAACAGAAGAUUUACGAACAGAGGGGUAUUGAGGAGUACCUGAAGUAUCAGGUGGAGCACGAAAAUGAACCCUUUGCUCCUGGACCUGCCUUCCCUUUUGUCAAGGCCCUGGAGACAGUGAACGAGCAACUGCGGAUGCUGUACCCCGAAAGCGAGGAGCUCUUCGACAUUGUGCUGGUCACCUACAACCACGCCCAUGUUGGGGUGAGGCUAAUCAACACCAUCAAUUACCACAACCUUUUCAUUGAGCGCUUCUGCAUGACGGGAGGUAGCAGUCCGAUUGGGUACCUCAAGGCCUACCACACCAACCUGUACCUGUCCGCAGAUUCGGAGAAGGUCCGAGAAGCGCUGGAGGAAGGUAUUGCAGCUGCCACCAUGUUCAUGGCAGAGAAGCAGAUAGAGGUGUCAGAGACACAGCUGCGCGUGGCCUUCGAUGGUGACGCCGUGCUCUUCUCUGACGAGUCUGAGCGGAUCUUCAAAGCGCACGGCCUUGACAAGUUUUUUGAGCACGAGAAAGAAAAUGAAAACAUGCUUUUGGAUCACGGGCCACUGAAGGGGUUCCUGGAGUCGCUGGGGAAACUGCAGAAGAAGUUCUACGCCAAGGGCCAGCGGCUUAACUGCCCGAUCCGCACUUACCUGGUGACCGCCCGCAGUGCGGCUAGCUCGGGCAUCCGGGCCCUGAAAACGCUGCGAGCCUGGGGCCUGGAGACGGACGAAGCCCUGUUCCUGGCAGGGGCCCCCAAGGGCCCCAUGCUGGAGAAGAUCCGGCCCCACAUCUACUUUGAUGACCAGAUGUUCCACGUGAAGGGGGCGGCGGAGAUGGGCACGAUCGCUGCCCAUGUGCCCUAUGGGAUUGCACAGAAGCACCAGCACUACAAAAACCCAGCUAACAAGGAGCCCAAUGCCAGCGACUAGCACAAAUGAUAAACCACGCAGAAAGACUAAGAAUGGAAGAUGUCCACUUACCUUCGUUUGAAUGUUUUUUUUUUCUUCUUUUUUAUCAAGCACACUUUGUGGAGUGUGGAAGAAACACAGAUAUCUGUGCUCAACAUGUGAUGUCGCACCCUGAUACAAACUUCAUUUUACCAAGCAACAACAAAAAAGGCUUCAAACUGCUCCUUUUGGAAACGAACUGCUCGAUAUUCCAAGUCUUUUUAAGACUUAUAUUGUGAUAAUCGCAUGAAACAUCUGUUCACUUGUGCUCUCCAAAUACCUCGACUUUUCAGUUAGGCUUUUGAAUCUUUUUUUGAUUGUUGCAUAUUCAUAUACCUGGGGUGUUUCGAUGAUCAGGUUUGCUGAAGCUACAGACAUAGUCACACAACUUUACAGGUGCAGUGUGUAGAAUUUAGUGGCAUCUAGCGGAACGGACUUGGCACAAAUGAAAUAUAACAUUCAUAAGUAUGUUUUAAUUAGUGUAUUAUCCCAUGAAAAUAAAAAUCGUUGUAUUUUCGUUACCUUAGAAUGAGCCCUUUAUAUCUACAUAGGGAGCGGGUCCUCUUCCACAGAGGCCACCAUGUUUCACCACCAUGUUUCUACAUGUUUUGCUGGGUGGCGCGAUUGCACCAGUUGGAAGACGAAGAAGAAGAAACAAGAGACUGAGUGGUCAUAUAUUGUCUUGGACAAUCCGUUUGUGAAAUAUACGUGCAUUUGUGAUGCCUGGGUACCUUCCAAAAUAGCUGUGUGUAAUACCACAC